AUGCGGUACUCUUGUACUCCACAUCAGAUAGCCCUGGGCAACUUAAAAUCGGGUUUGUACGACAAUUUCCCUGAAAUUACUAAAUACGUUAAUUGCCCAUCUGGCAACACUGCCGCCCACAGAUCAGUGAGCUAGCUGUAGCAUGGCCGCUACUGUUUUCUUGUGGUCAGCGGGCGCCAACUUGUUCAUUUAGCCAUGUCGGGUAGAAAUUGAUCUUAAAGCCACCGCUAGUCGGCUCUCGGGGAUAAUUGUGAGUAGAAAGAAAUUUGCUGGAAACAAACCCAAGACUCAACUUUGGCGCCCACAAUGAGGGAAAUUGUGCACAUCCAAGUCGGCCAAUGCGGCAACCAGAUGGGUUCCAAGUUCUGGGAAGUGAUAAGCGAUGAACACGGCAUUGAUCCAACCGGGAAUUACCACGGCGAUAGCGAGCUCCAGCUACACAGGGUCAACGUGUACUUCAACGAGGCCACAGGGGGCAAGUAUGUGCCCCGUGCCAUUCUUGUGGACUUGGAACCAAGUACCAUGGACUGCGUAAGGUCUGGACCCUUUGGUCAGAUUUUUCGACCUGACAAUUUUGUGUUUGGUAAGGGUGGUGCUGCUAACAACUGGGCCAAUGGUCACUACACUGACGGUGCUGACUUGGUUGACUCAGUAGUGGACGUGGUGCGUAAAGAGUCAGAAAACUGUGACUGUCUGCAGGGCUUCCAGCUCACGCACUCUCUUGGGGGUGGAACCGGCUCUGGUAUGGGAACCCUGCUGAUCAACAAGAUUCGUGAGGACUACCCCGACCGUAUCAUCAAUACUUUCAGCGUGGUGCCUUCCCCCAAGGUGUCCGAUACUGUUGUAGAACCUUACAACUCCACUCUCUCGGUCCAUCAACUUGUUGAGAACACCGAUCAAACAUACUGCAUUGACAACGAGGCCCUGUACCAAAUCUGCUUCCGCACCCUCAAGCUGAGAACACCCACCUACAGAGACCUGAACCACCUGGUGUCCUUCACCAUGAGCGGGGUCACCACCUGCCUGCGCUUCCCCGGUCAGCUCAACGCCGACCUCCGCAAACUGGCGGUCAACAUGGUGCCUUUCCCCCGCUUGCACUUCUUCAUGCCCGGCUUUGCCCCUCUGACCAGCCGGGGAAGCCAGCCUUACCGAGCCCUCACGGUCCGUGAUCUCACACAGCAAGUGUUUGACUCCAAAAAUAUGAUGGCCGCGUGCGACCCAAGCCACGGACGCUAUCUCACCGUCGCCACAGUGUUCCGCGGCCGCAUAUCCAUGAAGGAGGUUGAUGAGGAAAUGUUCCAAAUCCAGAACAAGAACAGUCAUUACUUUGUCGAGUGGAUCCCCAACAACAUCAAGACCGCCGUCUGUGACAUCCCGCCCCGCGGACUCAAGAUGGCUGUCACUUUUAUUGGCAACAGCACAGCCAUCCAGGAGCUGUUCAAGCGCAUCUCGGAGCAGUUUACAGCCAUGUUCCGCCGUAAGGCCUUCUUGCACUGGUACACGGCUCAAGGCAUGGACGAGAUGGAGUUCACCGAAGCGGAAAACAACAUGAACGAUCUAGUAUCCGAGUACCAACAGUACCAGGAUGCCACUGCAGACGAUGAAGGGGAAUUUGGGGAAGAGGCUGAAGUGGCUGCUUGAAGACAACAAGAUCUCAGCUCUUUUAUUUCAUAUUCUUGUAAGGCGGUAGACUACGAAUAUUGAAGAUAAGAGAAGGAAAACUCAGGAAAAGUGAAGAAGGGUGAUCCAUUUGUAACUCUAUACUCCUGUAAAUAAAAUAAA